CCCUACGGCCGCUUCGCCGCCGCCAUCGCCAGCCUCGGGGACCUGGACAACGACGGCUUCGGCGACGUGGCCGUGGGCGCCCCGCAGGGGGGUGACAGUGGCAGCGGGCAGGUCUUCAUCUUCCGCGGGCAGAGUGAGGGGCUGGCCCCGGUGCCCACCCAGCGCCUCGACAGCCCCUUCCCCGGCCCCGCCGCCUUCGGCUUCGCGCUGCGUGGUGCCACCGACCUGGACGGCAACGGCUACGCGGAUCUGCUCGUGGGGGCUUACGGGGCGGACAAGGUGGCCGUGUACCGGGGAUUACCCGUGGUGGUGGCCCAGACCCAGCUGAGUGUCCCCGACGGGCUGAAUCCUGAGAACCUGAACUGUGACCUGCCCAGCUCCGGGCUCCAAGUCAGCUGUUUCCAGGUGGUGUUUUGUGUCAGCGUGACGGGCCAGCACAUCCCUGAGCGCAUCUACCUGGAUGCUGAGCUGCAGCUGGACCGGCUGAAGCCCCGGCAGUCGCGGAGGGUCCUGCUGCUGCAGGGACACCAACCGUCCUGGCAGGAGAAGCUGGUGGUGGCAGCGGGGACACCCCCUGUGUGCAGGAACCUCACCGCCUAC